AUGCCGGACGGUCGCGUCUUCGUGGCGGCUGGCAGCCUCAAUGGUCUGGAUCAGACCAAUCUUGCCAACAAUAAUCCAACGUACGAGAUUCUGAAUGCCGAGGGAGUCAGCUCAGGAGUCAGUGUUCCGAUGGACAUUCUCGUGAAGAAUCAGCCGUACUACAUGUACCCAUUCGUACACCUUCUCAAGAACGGCGCUCUCUUCGUCUUCGCAAGCAAGUCCUCGCAGAUCUUCGAUCUCAAUUCUGGCAGAGUAGUCGCUGCUUUGCCCGACCUUCCAGGAAUGUUCCGCACUUAUCCGAACACAGGUGGCAGUGUCAUGCUUCCAUUGCGAGCCACGGACGACUAG